UCGAAAAAUACAAAAAAAAAAGAGGAGAAAUAAAUCAAACACCUCUCGCCCACCCUCCCCCACCAGAUGCCGGCCACGGCGAGCGGCGGUGCGCGGCCGGAGGAGGCGGCGGCCUCGGCCUCGCCGCCGUCGCCGACCGCGUCCUACUGCAUGGGCACGAGGCCGGAGGAGCUGACGGCGAGGCUGGCCGCCGCCGCCGGGGGGCGACCCGUCGGUGGCGGCGGCGGCGGCCGCGGCGGAGGCGGCGGAGGAGGGGAGGAGGAGGGGGAGCACGAGCGGGUGCGCACGCUGCGGGAGAUCAAGAACCAGAUCAUCGGGAACCGGACCAAGAAGCUCCAGUACCUCCGCCUCGGCGCCGUGCCCGCCGUCGUGGCGGCGCUCGCGGGGCCCGGGGCCUCCCCCGCCGCGCUCGUGCAGGCCGCCGCCGCCGUUGGGAGCUUCGCGUGCGGCGUCGACGACGGCGUGCGGGCCGUGCUCGCCGCCGGGGCCGUGGCCCACCUGACGCGGCUCCUCGCCCACCCCGACGAGAAGGUUGUUGAUGCUAGUGCACGUGCUCUGAGAAUGAUUUAUCAAUCGAAACUAGCUCCAAAGUUUGAUGUCAACAAUAAUGAGAAAAACAUGGAAUUUCUUCUUACCCUUUUGAACAGCGAGAAUGAAAAUGUCACAGAGCUUGCUGCCAAUAUUAUAUCUCACUCUUGUGAUAGCACUACAGAACAAUUAGCACUAUGUGCUGCUGGAGUUCCGCAGAGACUUGUUAACCAUUUUGGAGGCUCCAUGAAUCUACGGGAUGCUUGCUUAGAUUCUUUGACUGCAAUCAUAAGAAAUAACUGGGAAGUUGCUUCAAGAUUUGCACUGCUGGACCAUGGAAAAGCUUUGCGCUCAAUAGUUGCAUUAAUACAUGAUCGGAGCCCACGCACAAGACUACUUGCUUGUUUGUGCUUGAUUGCGCUUAGCCAUGCUUCUCCCUGUCACUUUCAAGACAGACAAAUUAAAACCAAGUUGAUCCUGGUCUUACUUGAGCUCAUCGAGGAACCUGGUCAUGUAGGAGAUGAUGCUCCAUUGGCAUUGACAACCUUGAUCAAAGACAGUGUGGAACUGCAGAAGCAAGCACUCUCAACAAACGCAGUUCAGAAGUUAAGCAACCAUCUUAUAGCAAAUUCGUUGGAGUCAAGGCGUGCAGUGACCAUAUUGCUUGCUUUAGCUGAACUUUGCUCAAAAUUGGAAGAAUCAAGAUCUCAACUUAUGUCAGUUCAGGCAUCUACCUUAAUCCUUGAUGCACUGAAGCAUGCUUCUGUUGAUAUCCGUGUUGCAGCAUGUUCAUGUCUUAAGAAUAUCUCUAGGUCAUCCAAGGUACUUAGUGCUGGGAAAUUAUCCUGUGAUACAUUUAUUGCCCCACUAGUCCAGCUUUUGUAUGACUCGUCUAUGUCAGUUCAGGUUGCUGCCCUUGGUGCUAUUUGCAAUAUUGCUGUGAAUUUAACACCCAGGAAAUCGAUUCUUCUUCAAUCUGGGGCUGUCUCCCAGCUUGUUCAUUUGUCCAAGUCUAUGGAUCCAACAUUGAGAUUAAAAGCUGUGUGGGCUCUUAGGAAUAUUAUGUUCCUUUUGAAUCCAAAGGAUAAAGACUUUAUUCUCAAGGAACUAACUUUAUCUACUCUUUCAAGCCUCAUAUGUGAUUCUGAACAUUUUGUCCAGGAACAAACUUUGGCACUGGUGCACAAUCUUGUUGAUGGAUAUGUGAACUCUUUUAAUUAUGUCAUUGGUGAAGAUGGCAUGAUUUUAAAUGCUAUUUCAAGACAACUGAAUAAUGCACCUGCCCCAGGAGUAUGCAUACAGGGUAUGUUUGUGCUUGCAAAUGUUGCAGCUGGGGGCGAAUUAAACAAGGAGGCUGUGAUGAAUAUUCUUGUACCUCGUCGAGCAGAUCGUGUCAAACAAUCUUUUAUAGUUAACUUUCUGCUGAGCAAGGACAAACAAUUGAGAGUUGCAACCUUGUGGUGUGUUCUGAACUUGAUUUAUCCAAAAUGUGAGGCCUCUUCUGUUCGAGUUGUCAGACUCCAAAAUGCUGGGGUAAUUUCACAAGUAAAAGGCAUGAUAAAUGAUCCCUGCUUGGAUUGCAAGCUUAGAGUACGCAUGGUGCUUGAACACUGCUUGGACAAUGCCGACGAUGGUUUCAUGUGAGCAGCCGCCAUUGCACCUCGGGCCAUUGAAGCUUGCAGAAUCAAACACUGCUUGAGCAAAGAGAAGAUGGAAGAUUGAUCUCUUCGCAUCAGCAAUCCGCGCCAUGAACUGUGAACAAUGAUCAUCCAGUAAAAAAAAGCCUUCACCGACAUCUUCUCGUCGCCUCCAAGCCUGUCAUUGUAAAUUUGGUGAACUCCAUGAGGACCAUGACUGGUUUCUCUUGCAGAAACAAGCAAGAAACCUUGUUGUAACCAUGCCACGUCAGAAAACCUGAGCUGAUUUCCUCCGAAACGGAAAAAGGUUUUAGGUGCUAGCUCUGGAGAAAUUUCAUUCCUUAGCAUGACCAAAAACCUAGUGCUUGUGCUGUGACGAUGAGUGGUGAGUGUAUAAUUGAGGGAGAUAUGCUACUGCUGCUGUAAAUUGUACUACUCUCUUGGGCUAUGUUUUUCACGUUCGGCCAUGGGACGGUGCCCAGCAAGCAGUGUGUAAUGGUUUUGCCGCUUGCUUUUGCUUCUCAAUAAAGAUACUACUCUUGACAUGCUUCUGGGUA